AUAUGGAGCAGGAACCAGACUCACCUUUUGGGCUGUGGUGCCGGGGAGAUUCUGCUACACACUGCACUUCCAACACUAAGCACCUGCUAAAUUUCCAGCACUGGCUCUUCUCAGCGUUCAAAACUGCUGAAGGUGUUCACCUCCCAUGGGCCUACUGUGAUCAUGCCAACCUGGUUCUGCUCUCGAGAAUGGUUUUUUCAUGUGGGAAGAUUUGAUGAGGGUGGAAAGGGUGUCCCAGAGGACUUGUUGUUUUUUUAUGAGCAUCUCCAGAAGGGUGGUGGAGUGUUUCGAGUGAACCAUUGCCUCCUGCUCUACCGGUACCACCCCCAGGCUGCCACUCACUCUGUGCUAGAGGAAACCAUCUGGAAUCACCGAGUCAGGUUCCUUGAGGACAGAGUCCUGAGCUCCUGGACAUCAUUCACCAUUUGGAAUGCUGGCAAGCAAGGCAAGAAGCUCUACAGAAGCUUGUCACCAGCUAAUCAGAAAAAGGUAACUGCAUUUUGUGAUGUUGAUGAAAAGAAAAUAACAAAAGGAUUCUACACCUAUGAGGAAUCUGAGGAGAGACCAAAACCCAAAAUUCCUGUGUGUCACUUCAGGGACGCGGCUCCGCCCUUCGUGGUCUGUGUGAAGCUGGACUUGACAGGUGGAGCCUUUGAAACAAACCUGGCCAUGCUGAACCUGAAGGAAGGGAUGGAUUAUUAUCACUUUAACUAAACCAAGAGGCAGUGCUGCAAUGCUGUGCUCUGCACCACCUCAUGUCAUCAUCUUGCUGCUGAAAUUGAGAAGUUCCUGUCUUUUCCCCUUCCCCAGGAAGGGCAGAGGAGCAGUGGCUGCACAUCUGUGUCUG